CUGAGGCUUUCGGGACGGCGGCGGGAAGAUGGCGGCCCUCAGGGAUCGGCUUGGAGCCGUAGAGGCCGAGGGGAGCACGAGUCACCAGGGGAGCUCGGGGGUGGAGGUGGUGCUUCACUCUGAUCCCGCCACUCCUGCUCCGCUGUGCCCUCACGGACCCACUCUUCUGUUUGUAAAAGUGAGCCAAGGAAAAGAAGAAACACGGAGGUUUUAUGCCUGCUCUGCCUGUAGAGAUAGAAAAGAUUGCAGUUUUUUUCAGUGGGAAGAUGAAAAGUUAUCAGGAGCUAGACUUGCUGCCCGAGAAGCUCAUAACCGAAGAUGUCAGCCUCCUCUAUCUCGAACAAAGUGUGUGGAGAGGUACUUGAAGUUCAUUGAGUUGCCGUUGUCUCAGAGGAGGUUUUGUCAAGAAUGUCAGCAAUUGCUUUUGCCAGAUGAUUGGGAGAAACAUCUUGAGCAUCAGGUAGUAGGUGAUAUUUCUAUCACCCAGUUAAAAAGGCCCAGUCAGCUCCUCUAUCCAUUGGAAAACAAGAAGACAAAUGCCCAGUAUUUGUUUGCUGAUAGAAGUUGUCAUUUCUUGAUAGACUUACUUUCUACUCUUGAGUUCAGAAGAGUACUAUGUGUUGGAACACCAAGUUGCUUUAGGUUGCAUGAGUUGAUCAGGUUGAAAGCAUCUGGUGACAAGAAGUCCAACAUUAAAAGCCUUUUAUUGGAUAUUGAUUUUCGGUAUUCACAGUUUUAUGUGGAAGAUAGCUUUUGCCAUUAUAAUAUGUUUAAUCAUCACUUCUUUGACGGAAAGGCUGCCCUUGAAGUAUGCAGAACAUUUUUACAGGAAGAUAAAGGUGAAGGAGUCAUUAUGGUGACAGAUCCUCCUUUUGGUGGCUUGGUUGAACCUCUGGCUGUUACAUUCAAGAAGUUAAUUGCUAUGUGGAAAGAAGGUCAAAGCCAAGAUAACAAUCACAAAGAACUACCAAUUUUCUGGAUUUUCCCCUAUUUUUUUGAAUCCCGAAUUUGUCAGUUUUUUCCAAGCUUCUGCAUGCUGGAUUAUCAGGUAGAUUACGAUAAUCAUGCACUUUAUAAACAUGGAAAGACGGGUCGAAAACAGUCUCCUGUGCGUAUUUUCACCAAUAUUCCACCCAACAAAAUAAUCCUUCCUAUUGAAGAAGGGUACAGAUUUUGCCCUCUGUGUCAGCGAUACGUUUCUCUAGAGAAUCAACACUGUGAGCACUGUAAUUCUUGCACAUCCAAGGAUGGCAGGAAAUGGAACCAUUGCUUUCUCUGCAAAAAGUGUGUAAAGCCUUCCUGGAUCCACUGCAGCAUUUGCAAUCACUGUGCUCUUCCAGAUCAUUCUUGCGAGGGCCCUAAAGACGGCUGCUUCAUUUGUGGAGAAUUAGAUCAUAAACGUGGUACUUGUCCUAACAUCUCUGCAUCUAAGAAAGCUAACAAAGCCGUCAGAAAGCAGAAGCAAAGAAAAAGUAAUAAGAUGAAAAUGGAGACCACUAAAGGACAACCCAUGAAUCAUACAUCUGUUACAAGGAAGAAGAAAAGGAGAGAAAGAGCCCAUCAAUAUCUUUGCUCUUAAAUGUCCAGUGACUUGAGAAUAAGAAAGAUUUAUAGUCCAGCCUUUGAUGUCAUUUUCUGAAAGUGCCAUACCGGACUUAAAUCCUGUCGCUUUCAAAGGUGUGCCCCUUUCUAAGCUAGAUAAUAGGCAGGUGGUAUUUGCUGGUUUAUGGACCCCUCAGCAGCGUCUCUGGAGACCUGGAGAUUUGUUCCAUUCUUGGCUCUCUCUCUGUCCUUUUUCUCUCUUUAAAUCUCUUCCAAUCGUAUUAUUUUAGCCUCUUUUAUCUGAAAAGUGUACAUACAGCAUUCUUUUGCAGAGUCCAAAGAAAAUGAAAACCUAAGGUUUUGUUUAUAUUAUAUAAGUGUAUGUUAAAUAAGAUAAAUAUUUUAUAUUAAAUAUUCAAUAUUGUACAAUGGCUUAAACCCCAUGUAAAGAGAAGUAUAACGUACAAUUAUUUUUAGAGAGAAUCUGAAGGUGAUGGAAAGAAUUUUGACAAAGGUAGUCCGAAGAUAUAAAGAUUAUAAUUAUGGUUACAUUAUUAUUAAAUAUUUAUUUUUCAAAUACUUUUUACAGUUGUCCUUUGAUGGUAUAGAAUCACCUAAAUGUUUUUUGAAUGAGUAAGUUAUUCAGAAUUAGGACUUGCUCUGUUAUUUUUUGUCUUUUAACCUAGGCAGUAAGUUUCUGUCUAUAAAAGCAGUGUAGAAGGCAGGAUAGUUUGGAGAUUAAAUCUCCUCAUUCCUAUUCUAACACUUUCUGGCUGUGUGUCCUAGGCCAGGUCAUUCACUCUUUAGAAGCCCCUGUUUCUUCAUUAUCAUAAUGGGGAUAAUAAUAACUAUACCUUAACUUGUGAUUAAAUGAGCAUUCGCCUCGUUCUCAGUUCUGUUAUUGAUGACUGGAGUAGUUGGAACUGAGAACAAACAGUUCAUCUCUCCAUUUCUGUGUUAGGUACCUGACAUUAUCUCCUUGAGGUUGAAUAGUUUUGAAAGGCUUGCAUUUGCAUAGCGAUUUUUUGUUCCCAGACAUCUGCUUUAGAGGCAUCCUCGCUUGGGCUUAGUCAGAGCCCUGUAAAUGUAGAACUGCCCUCCAUCGAAUAUUUAAAUUCUGCCUGGGGUUUAAGUUAGGACUGCUUGACCCCUCAUGUGGGGUAUUCCAUCAGGGCCCUCUCUGGUCAGGGUGGUAGUAGUGUGUACAUUGGAUGACAUCAGAUGAUGAGCUAAGCUCCUGGACUUAAUAAGCAUCAGAAAACUCUUCUCUUGCCCCCUUUCCUGUGGGUUGCUAUGGUGAUAGGAUUAUUACCAUGAGAUUUGAACCUUGUAGAAUCAUUGUGAGUGUUCCUCUCUGAUUCAGGUGUGGAUAUGGACACUGCCUGACUUUCAUGGUAUCCACAAUGUCAUGGUAAAAUUUAUUGAUCUCUCCCUUGAAAUUCAGACAUCAGACAUCUAUUGCAGAAUUGUGUCUUGAUGUCCAGUGGUUCUUAUCAUCAUCAUAUUUCCUUCGUUUUAAGAUAACAUCAAAUGUGGGGGGUCUGGGGGGGAAAGCAUUGUUAAUGUAAUCAUAGCUUUUCAGGGGGAAAACUCCAUAUCUCAUUAAUUGUGCAUAUUAAAUUUUAGAUAUAUCUUUUUUCAGAAACAUUCAAAUGUGAAAAAAGUACAUCUUCUAAGAUGUACUUGAGGAAAUUGAGUAUUACUUAUAAUCAGGGAUUAUGUACUUUAAAACUUUGUUAACUUCUUAGAAAGUUAAAAAUAGGAAAACUUGAUUAUCUUCCUGUGUUCAAGCAAUACUGAUAUUAAGGACUUAAUGUCUUCUUUCUUUUCUCAGAGAAUAAACCAAUAGGAUAUAAAAAUGUCUCUGGGAAGUAAAGUAUGAUGGGAGAUGAGGUCAUUUGUUCUAAUUAGAAACCUGCAAAUCUGAACAUUAAGAUACCUACUCAAAAUGGCACCAGAAGAAAGUCCUUGAAAUUUGAUAAAACUUUCUAAGCUUUUUAGGAUAUUCUUCUUAAACAAUUACAGCCAAAUUUCAUUUUACUUCGUGCUUAUCAAAUUUAAUGAAAUAGUCACUUUGUAGACACUGAAUGAUCAGAUUUCAGUUCUUAUAUUUAGUGUGAUAUUUAGACUAAUUUAUUUCUCCAUGUGCCCCAGUCUUUUCAUCCCAUUCUCUUCUUUCUGUUUGGAAUCUUUUCGUCCAUACAGCCAUCUAUUAAAAUCUAUGGAGCCUUCAGGCCCUGACCCAAGUCCUUGUCUUCUGGGAGUCUUGCACGAGACCCUGGUAUCAACCAAUACUUUUCUCUCUGAAGCCCCUGGUGUUCUGCACCACAUUUGAGGCACUUUUCAUGUAUUAUUCUUAUGUGAUUAUAUUUAAAGACUCUAUAUCCCCAAAAGAUUUCGGUUUCUUAAUGUCAGAAAUCAUUUUACACACUUUUAUGUCUCUCUCAUGCAUUGUAGGUGCUCAAUAAAAAAUCUGAUGAAAACAUGGAAUUUUAUAGAGGCUUUCAGAUCGUAGGUGUAUUAGAUUGCUAGGGCUAUUUUAACAAAAUAACACAGACUGGGUGGCUUAAAUAACAAUAACGUAUUUUCUCACAGUUUUGGGGGCUGGGCAUCCAAGAUUAAGGUAUUGACAGGGUUGGUUCUUAUGAGAGCUCCCUCUUUGGCUUGUAGAUGGCCACCUUCUCACUGUGUCUUCACGUGGUCUGUCUGCUAUGUGUAUGCAUCCCUAGUGUCUCUAUUUGUAUGCAUGCCCAGUGUCUCUUGGGGUCCAAAUUUCCUCUUAUUAAAAGGACACCAAUCAGAUAGGAUGAGAGCCCACCCUAAUGGCUUUGUUUUACCUUAAUCUCUUUUUUAGAGGCCCUAUCUCCUAAUACAACCCCAUUCUGAGCUACUGAGGGUUAGGGCUUCAACAUAUGAAUUUGGGGGGACAUAAUUCAGUCCUUAACAGUAGGCAUGCCUAAGAGAUAGAGAGGACUUGUUCUUUUCUCUUUCUUAUAAGAACUGGAAAAAGGAAAACAGACCUCAGCAAUAUUGAGAGGAACUUAGAGUAGCUAGGACUAUCCCAACUAACACGGAGGGUUUAAAUGUUGGGAUGUGCUGUGUGAGCAGCACUGGCUGCCUUAUCUGGAAGUCUCUAAACAUAAUUCAGCUUUCAAGGUUAUUUUAAGAAAAACACAAGUUGAUGUCUGGCCUCUUCAAAGUAAUUUGUAAAAUACUAGGCAUCUGAGAGAAGUCUGACUAAUUUUCAAAUAUAAAAUCACAGUCUACAAAAGGACCUGAUCUGAUGCCACCUCUUUUAUAAUGUCCUUGUUGUCUCUAGUGAAAUAGUACAUCUCUUGCCAGUGAAAUAAAAAUGCAUGUGUUUA